AAAAAGCGGAUUUCAAAUUGAGGCCGUACGUACGUCUCAAACAUCGUUCGGAACAAAUCUGAGAUGGACUACAUGAUAAGUACAGUCGAUAUAUUCAUUUCUUGUUAACAAAAGAAGGCCGCUCCUCAUAAUCAAUUCAUUUCUUUCUCAAUGAGGCUAAGUAAAUAUAAACUUUUAUCUUACAGAACUUUAAAACAAGUUAAUUCAGCCAUUAAGUCUCCUUUUCGUCUAUUAAAAAGACAAUUUUCAAGUCAAAUUCAAAUUUGUAUCGUUGGUAGUGGCCCAUCAGCAUUUUAUACUGCUCAGACCUUACUAAAAAACCAUCCAGGUGUGCAUAUCGAUAUGUUUGAAAAACUUCCUUCGCCUUUUGGUCUAGUCCGUUAUGGUGUUGCUCCAGAUCAUCCUGAAGUAAAAAAUGUGAUAAAUACUUUUACAGAUGUUGCUAAGAAUACACGAUUUUCUUUCUUGGGCAAUGUUUGUAUUGGAAGAGAUAUUAGACUGAGAGAAUUACAAGAAGCUUAUUCAGUCAUUAUUUGGGCUUAUGGUACUGCUGUUGAUCGGCGUUUGGAUAUUCCUGGAGAGGAUUUACCAGGUGUUUUGUCUGCUAAAGAUUUAGUAGGAUGGUAUAACGGUGCACCCAGCAACGUCAAUUUUUCUCCUGAUCUCAGCUGUGAAACAGUUGCUGUUAUUGGUAUGGGGAAUGUAGCAGUUGAUGUUGCGCGGAUUCUUCUUUCUCCAGUUGAUCGAUUAAGGUCUACCGAUAUACCAGAGCCUGUGAUUGAUUGUCUAUCAAAAAGUAAAGUUAAGAAUGUCAUUUUAAUUGGUCGAAGAGGUCCUUUACAUGUGGCGUUUACUCUAAAAGAAAUUCGCGAACUCUCAAAACUUCAUAUAACUUCAUCUCAGUCUAAAUGUUUCAUAAACUUACUACCAAAGGAUGUAUUCUCUGUAACUAUGGGGACAUCUGAUCAAAUUCAAGAGUUGUUAUCAGAACUUCCUCGCCCUCGACGUCGUUUAACAGAAUUUCUGUUAGAAAUGCAUAAUUCUUCCGAUCACAAGACGAAUCAUACAGCAUACCCAGUGUAUCAUUGUAACUUACAGUUCUUACGUUUUCCAAAAGAAAUUGUUUCUUAUGGGGAACAUCAUUCUGACAAAAAUCGUUCCAUAGUUUCUCACAUAAAAUUAGCAACAGUUAAGUUAAGUGGUCCGACCGGUCCUCAUCAGCAAGGUGUAAUAGACGAUACUCAACCCUUAGAAAAUUUACCUUGUGGCUUAGUUGUGCGUAGUAUUGGCUACCGUGGCGUCCGUAUUGAUCCAGAUUUGCCAUUCGAUGAACAACAUGGAGUGAUUCUUUGCAAAGAUAACAAUGGACGCGUAGUUGAUCUACCACAAAUUUCAUAUAGUUUCUCUUUAAGCCCAAUGUAUUGUGCUGGUUGGAUUAAACGUGGUCCAAUUGGUGUAAUUGCUGAUACGGCUGUAGAUGCUCGUCAAACCGCUGAAACUAUUCUUAAAGAUUUAUCUGAAUUUGAAAAACGUGGUCAUGUAGAUGUAUUAAACAAACGUGGACUAUCUGUAGUCCAACGUUACCUUAACGAAAGAAAUAUACAUGUUGUAAAAUUUAAAAAUUGGGAACGUAUUGAUGAAGCGGAAAAAUUAGCCGGUCAAAUACUCGAUAAACCAAGAGAAAAAUUGACUACAAUUCAAUCGAUGUUAAAAACAGCUUUUACUGAUGUAGAACAACCUAAAUGAUCUCGCCGAUAGUUUCUAGUUGUAAUAUUCUAUUAUUUACUGUAUAAAUACCCUAAGUAGUAGGAUAUCUUUAAUAGUUUGUAUUCUCACUUCAACUCUAAAUUUGUGUAAUGCCAGUUAAAUUUCAUUAUUGCGAUAUUGUAUAAAAGAAAUCAAUUCU